AUGCGAAUUUGGACAAGCGAGCACGUAUUUAAUCAUGAAUGGGAAACUGUCGCAAUGGCAGCAUUCAAGAAGUAUCCAAAUCCAUUGAAUAGUGCAGUUACAGGUAUUGAUGUAAUAAGGCAAACACUAGACGCCGGUAAAAUUUUAACGGAACGUAUUAUACAAUCACAUUUCCAUAUUCCGGGAUGGGCUACAAAGCUCACGGGAUUUUCCGGGACGCAAUACUCCCAUGAGUACACGGUUAUUGAUCCAACGAAGAAGGAAUUGCUGCUAACAACGCGAAACUUAAAUGGCGCUUCGUUUCUUCGAGUUGACGAAAAAUUGACAUAUAAGCCCUUGGAAGAUGACCCUACAAAGACAGUUUUAAAACAAGACGUCAGCGUGACAAUAACACUACCCGCCUUCGCCGAUUAUUGUGAGAAGACGUUUUUAAGCAUCUAUUCACAAAAUGCGAAUAAAGGACGACAAGGUGUCGAAUGGGUUAUUGACAACAUCAAGAAAGAGUACGAGACUCUCACAACAAAGGUAACCAAUGAGGUACAGGAAAUGUCCGAAAAAGUACGGUCUUGGAGUUCCCCAUCAGCUUCCCAUAAAAGGCCGUAA